CUGUCAACCACUAAAGCUAAUUCAUUUUCAAGCACAACACACCGGAUAGCUCUUCCGCCCUAUCCUUCCCAAAUACCAUUCACAAUGUACUUCCACGGUAUACCCCAUGGCGAAGCUACUGAGCUAGUAGCUCCCAUGAUACGCACAGCCUUUAAUAAAGCAUGCCACAAAACGUCCACUGCGGCGGACUUCGACCAGAUAAUCGCCUUCCACGACGAGUACUCAGAGUAUUCCCUGUUUGUCCGGUCGCUCAUGGGCAGAGUCCCUCUCAUCCUGGAAGGAGUUAUUGAAAGUUCGUAUGAUGACAGCAAUAGCGAUAUGAAACACUGCCGUCGUUGGGUUACCAACUGUGAAUUUUUGCGCAAGCACAAUCUGCUUUCUCUCGUUUCAGAGGUCCGCAUAGUUCAGUUCAACAAGUGCCGCCAAGAACUCAACCUUGGCCAGGCGAUUGAGGGUCUCGGUAUCCCCCUUGGCGCCAUAGCCAAUACCAGUCUCCUAAUGUUCCUUGGUUCUGGUUUGUUCACCGCUGGCGAGGGGCAAGAUUUGGAAAUGGCGAAGGUCGAGGCUAUGGAUACAGUAGAUACGAUUCUCAGCCUCUGCCCGAAUGUUACCGGUCUCUGGCAUCAUGGCCGUCGCACUUGGAGCUCGUCGGCUGGGUUUGUUAGGGAUAUUCCUGGGGUGGGAAGCGAGAUUAUGCUGGAGCUUCAUAGGAGACUGCACUCCCAGCUCACUAUGAUGCAGGUGAUGCGUCCAUUUCCAAAAGACAUUGCUGCGCCGUUUUCAGAGAAUCUGCAAGUCCUUGUAUUGGACAGCAAGCUGAUUCCUGAGCUCGUUAAUUUGCCCAGGAUUCCUGUCAGCAACCUGCGUGAACUCGAGAUACGGCACAAUAGCCGUUACGUUGACUGGACUCCGUUUCGGGCUGGGGCCGACGGGGCACUGAAUCUCAAGCGGCUUGACAAGCUUGCCUUGGAGUUUGACAAGCCAGUCAAAGGUAUGACCUACUGCUCUCCAUGCUUCGUUGAUGCGACAUUUCCAGUUGUGACACAAGUGAAGGUUAAAGGGCUCGAGCACUCCAUCGUGGCCAUGGAGAACUAUCUACACACAGCUCAGUGCCGCCCUCUGACGCUUGUCACAGAGCCGGAUGGGCUUGAGAGAAUGGGUCUCCCCAUCCUACGGUGCGCUACGCUGCUGGCUGUAAACAUCAAGGACAGGCAUACACAUGCUGGACAGGCCUGCAUGACCAGGGGUAUAUAUAGACUCUUCAGGCAUGGCCAGCAAUACUUGUCAGGGGCACGGGUCACUGGCAUGUAUCACCCAAUGCCGCCCUCGAUCAAGUGGCCGUGGCUGCACUGGCUUCACUUGACUCCGGUUGUAGCCUGUGCAAACAGCAUGUUGAACAUCAUCAGCAUGCUCAAGCAUCUGCAUGUCCUCGUCAUUGACGCCUAUUCCCUUGAGCGCAAGCACCUGAUGGUAGUGGGAAGCAGCAGUUACCUCAACAGCCAGAGCAAGGCGGUUUCGGAUAUGGACGACGCUGUCAAGGGUCUUGGAAGAUGUGUCAGCGACCAAAUUGUUCGCCUGGACAUUCGGUCGCGCAAGCCGCUAUGUGUUUCCACCGUCGUAAAAGUAGUCUCGCGUCUGCCUAACCUGACUAGCCUCGGAGUCAGCCCUGGGUAUGUCGAUGCUGUGGCCCAGGCGAUUGGUGGACGUGCGUCUGGUAGCUCUGAGGCGGGCUUUCGUGCGAUUCAUGUGCGCGAGUACUCUUCACACAUAGGGGUCUUCGACGGGUAGCUUUGUUCUAUUUCUUUCCUUGUAUCCUUCUCCAGAUUCGUUGAUAGAACGCCAACAGCUCGAGCACCCGAUAUGCUCCUAGUAGCGUCAGUAAAUACGGAAUGUAAAUACGAUGUGCAAACAUUGUCAAAAUGAUUAAUCGCCUACGUUAUCAGGUAUAUGGCAUCGACUA